AUGAAUAUCUAUAUCCCCGGGUCCGAGACACAGAAACUUAUUGUCGCGGAUGGCUAUGAUAUUGGGGAGAAUAAGAACGAAACACAACUGCUACCAUUCAUAUUUGAAGCCCUCCCGCUGGGUUCGAUCAAACCGCAAGGCUGGCUAAGCGAUCAGCUGAAGCUGAUGGCCGAUGGUCUUGCUGGCCACGAGUAUGACUUUUAUCAAAUUGUCCGUCAGAACCCGUGGCUGGGCGGCACUCAGGACUACAGCAAUCUGAACGAGGCUAUGCCCUACUGGUUCAACGGACUGGUUCCGCUCGCCUAUCUGACUCAGGACAAGAGGCUGCUUGAGCAGGUCCGGACAGCCGCAGACUACAUACUCACCCACCAACAGAAGGAUGGCUGGCUCGGACCGGAAACUAAACUUCCUCAAAGAAAUUUCUGGGCUCGGUAUCCCAUGUUCCUGGGAUUGGCACAGAUGGCAGAAGCCGAGGCUGGCACUCCCGUAGCCGAGAGGAUUUUGAAUGCGAUGCAUAAAUUCGUUGACUUGAUGCAUUCAAUGCUGUCUGACAACCUCCAGGGACUGGUGUGGCACGAAGGCGAUGAUUUCAAUGAGCAAUGGGGCCGAUCUCGGGUGGCGGAUAUGAUUUUGGCCCUGCAGUGGCUUUAUGAAAAUAAUCCUAGAGAGAACGGUGACAAGUUGUUUGAGUGCAUGGGAUAUUUUAGGAAGGGCGGACAUGACUGGACUUGGUGGUUCACCGAGGGAAAUUAUAUCAAAGUCGACCUCGACACUGUCCCAAGAGAGGUUACGGACAAGUUAUACCAUUUUGAGCAUGGCGUUAAUGCCGGCCAGGGUUUGAAGGCUCCUGCAGUAAUCAGGAGAUUUACACAUGAUGACAGCCUGCUAGAGUUUGCUCGGAGAGGCGUUAACUGGACGUUCCGUUAUCACGGUGGCCCGUCCGGCGGCAUUAUUGCAGAUGAGCGACUCGUAGGUUUGAGCCCCGUGAGAGGAACAGAGUUGUGUUCGGUCGUCGAGACAAUGUAUUCGCUCAGCUAUCUCUACCAGUCGAUAGGCGACCGGGAUUUUGCAGAUCGAUGCGAACUAGCUGCUUUCAACGCACUUCCUGUUAUGCUUACCCCAGAUUGGUGGGCUCAUCAAUAUAUAGCGCAGGUCAACCAGCCCAUCUCCCACUCAGUCAAGUACUCUCCAUGGUUUAAUGUUGGAUCUCGAGGGCAGACUUUUGGCCUGGAACCCAACUACCCGUGCUGCACAGUCAACCACCAUCAAGGAUACCCCAAAUUCGUAUCCAAUAUGUUCACAAGGUUUGGUUCAGACGCCAUCGUGCACGCACUGCUCGGGCCAGCUGAAGUGACGACCACAACCAAAUCAGGGGUGAAGGUUAACAUCAAAUGUGACACUAACUACCCUUUCGACAAUGUGCUGUACUAUCGGAUCGACACAGCAGGCCCCUUUAAGUUCGCUUUCAGAGUCCCAUCGUGGGUCAACAAUGCAGACUCCAGUGUCUCCGUCGACGGAGCCAGGAGCAAAGGCUUAGACCCACAUCCAACAACAGGAAUACACAGCAUCAACGUAAUGCCUGGUAAACACGUCGUCAUCGUCUCGUUCACUACAUCACCCCGCGUUGAGCCACGAGCUAACGACACUGUCUCAAUCUACCAUGGCUCGCUCCUCUACUCGCUCCCGAUCAGCUCAGAAGUGAGCAGCGUCAAGAGCAAUUACCCAGGCGCCCCGAACAACGUGCAAGAGUACACCAUGCGGCCAACCUCUAAAUGGGGGUUGGCUAUUGAUCCGUCCAAGCUCCAGUUCAACGGUCUCCCCUCCAAUACUCGGCUGCCUAAUCCAGUCUGGGUUGAAAAAGGGACUCAGGUUUCGAUUACUGCGAAAGCUUGUGAGAUUAAAUGGGAACUGACGGAGCCAAAGGAUCAAGGGUAUGCUCCGAAUCCGCCGUCAGCGGGGAAUCGGGAGUGUAUUGGGAAGCCGUUUGAGGUUGAGUUGGUGCCAUACGGAGCUGCAAAAUUGCACAUGGCAGAGCUGCCCACGGUAAAUCUUGCAUAG